CUACAUAUAUGAUGAUCAUAAUGUACCAAAAUGGCGGAGAUAGUGGAAGAUGAAGAUAUGCAAGUCUUGAGAUUGGAAUUUGAAUGGUUGCUACGUGAGCAUGUACCGAAGGUGCUGACCCAACUUGGAAACAUCUUACAGGAAUGUUCAAAAUGUUUAAAACUAACAAGUAUACCAUCAAAGGGACCUACAGGAGAACUACAAGGAGAGAUAAAGCCACAAGAUUACUUUAUGCUUUCCACACCCAAUAGUGACACUCUUAAAGGUUACGUUGCUGUGGAGGGUGAAAACAUUUCAAAAGCUGACCUCAACUUCAAACUUCCCAAAGUUUCAAGCUCUGGUUUUCGUGUGUUUGUUAGAGAGCGCCUGCCAUGGAAAUUAAGACAGAUUCAAGAUGCAAUAAACUACUUACAGCUUACUAUUGAGAAGGUUCAAGAAACCAAAGCUAACUGUAAUUUUUCCUCUGGAAAAGAAGUCAGCAAGGUUGUAGAAGAAAUUACAAACCUUUUGACAAAAGGAAAGACCAGACUGUCUUUGCCUGACAAAACACCAGUUUUAGAUAUGCUGGCAUCUGGAGACCAGCGAGUGUUCAAGCCUGGGUUGCCAGAUGAUGUGGUUGCAUACUUCUGCCUUAACAGCGACAAACUUGUCUUGUCAAUUUACACUUUAACAACACUACCCAUACCACCUCAAAGUUCAAAGCCUCCUCAAGAUAAUGACCCUGUUGGACAAACAUUUGAAUUUAACAAUAAAUGGAUGGAAAUCACAAGUCACUUUGAGGUUGAUUGUUCGAUCCCAAGACUCAGUGAUUCUGUGUUACUCAUUGGAGCAGCACUUAGAUUGUGUCAACAAUUGAAAGAUAAGUUUGCAGUUUUUUCUGUGCUUCCUGCAAGAUGAUCAUGGAGAUUUUGAGUCUUAAAUAGGAAAGAAGAUUUAUUUAUUUAAUGUUUCUUUUUCAUUCAAAGAUUGAUGCUGAGCACACACUAGCUGAAAUUGUAUGAUUGAGUAAAUUUCUAUAUGUAAUUCCUGAUUAAAUCAAGGGAGGAAGAAGUACGCAGUAUAUAAUUGACAGUUUCCUGUAUGGUUGAAAACCAACUUUAAGACCUUGACAUUAUUAAGACAGAAGUAUGUGAAUUUAUAAAGAAGUUUUACUUUUAGUAAGGUUUUUAUUACCAGAUCAAACUUUUGACCAGUUUGUGUCAUGAGUGAGACUUUAAGUGGUCAAAUUGAGGAACAUAAGGAAACCCCUGUGAAAAGUGGUUUUUUAGGCCCACCCCUUUGAAAUGAUAAAAUGUGACUGCACUAACUGCUCCACUAAAAUUCUUUACAUAGCUCUUCAGAAAUCUAAAUAAAAGCUCUAGGAAGAGUUUUAAAAAACUAUAAAAUGUAUUUUAGAUUUAGUUAGGUUUCAUGAUUGUAACUGUCUUCUGUAAUUUUUGAAUUUUUUUAACUUUUCAAGAUUUUUGGUGUAGUACAAAACUGUGCAAAGUCAAGCUCAAUAAUACUGAAUAUAGUGACACUAAAUCAUAUUAGUUGUACUGUUAUCCCUCUUUUCCCAAUUGGUAUGCAUUUAUGGUAUUUAUAAAAAUAAUACCAGUAAUUAUCUAUAAUUCUAUUCCAACCUACUUAGUCUUAUUUCAUUUACAACUUGAUAAUUACAUAUUACAUGGCUUAGAGGAAUUUUAAAUAUUGCAAGCAUGCAAGCUACAUAUUAAAUGCUACUGGAAUAUCUCUUGACUUUUUAUUACAAAAUCAAACAAAUUGUGGACACCUACGAACUUUGAAAAACUACUUUCAUUAUAGUGUGCACAAAACUGUGA